AAAAAGACAAAGACUAACGUUAGCGUCCCUUUGCAUGUUGUUGUUCUAUCCCUGUUAGCCAUUGCCAUGGUAGCAGCAAUUGCAUUGUCUGUGUAUGCUCUAGUGAGUUCUAAUCAAGACAUGGACAACUUGAUGGAAGAAAACAAAGAGCUUAUGUUACAAUUAAACAAAACAAAGAUGGAUAUUACAAGAUUGAAGGAAGAUUUCACACGAAUAGAAACAGACGAUUUGAUGAAAAAUAUGGCUCAGUUGGUAAACCUACAGUCUUCAAUAAAUGCUCUGAUAAUAAUUUCACGACUCAAUUGAACAGCCUACAGACUUCAGUGAAAUCUCUAAACACAGCCAAUGGAGCAACCACGACUCAAUUAAAAAGCCUAGAGUCUUCAGUAAGUUCUCUGACCACUCGGGUCAACUCUCCAGUGAACCUCUACCAGAACUGCAUCCAGGAGACAAGAAAUUGCACAAUCGGCCCAAGAACAACAGACACUUAUUGGGCGGGUGUGGAACAGUAUUUGAAAUUUGAACCAAUUAGCAAAGCAGUAAGUUUAUCCUGUGCAUGCAUGCAUGCAUGUAUGUACAAUAUCCAUGUUUCAAAAGUGCCUGCAAGAAUUGCCACUGGGCUACUUACUAAUUUUCCUAACCGCCGCAUUGCCUUAUUUAAGUUUUAUGUGUAUAAGUAAGUAUGUAUAAAGAUAACAGCAAUGUUCAGGAGACGCAUAUCUUGCGCAGAAGUGGCUCAACCAUUCAAUGUCAAUGCCACCUGUCAGUACUGGGAGGGUUACAACAUGCUGUUAUUCAGUCGUUCGUUUCUAUACGUGUUCCCUAGUGAUCACCAGAUGCCCUAGCUAACGAGUGUCUCUACUCACUAAAGAUAAAGAUAAACACUGAAACUGAAACAGUAGAAGUUUAGGAUAGAUUUAGAAUAUUUGCAUUUCAUGUCUCAACGGCAAUUAUAUUGUUUGUAUAAAUUAAAGAUGUUACGAUAUGCUAUACCUAAGAAGUUGAAAGCUUUCUAUAGCAAGACCAUGCAGCUUAUGUAAUCAACCACAACAAGCCAGCAAUUACAAUCAGUGUGUGCAAAUCCUAAAUUUUCAACAUGCAAAAGAACCUUAGCUAUGAGGACUAUACACUGCCAGUGUAUGAGGAAAUACAGCUGCAAAACAAGGCGGCUGAACCAACUGAUGUCAGAGUUGAGAGGAUUUCAAGCAGCUUUGCCAAGAAGACAAAGAAGCCUAAGUGCAUCGCUUUGGUAUCCUUGUUAGCCAUUGCCAUGGUAGCAGCAAUUGCAUUGUCGGCAUAUGCUGUAGUUGACUCUAACCAAGACAUGGAGAACUUGAUGAUGGAUUUCCAAGAGCUUCAGGUGGAAUUAAACGAGACGAAAGAAGCAAGUAAAACAGAAAUUGCAAAAUUGAAGAUAAUACUACAGAACUCGAUUCAUACAGCAAACAAUGCAAUCAUGACUCAAUUGAACAGCCUACAGUCUUCAGUGAGCUCUCUAAACACAACCAAUGAAGCAACCGUGACUCAAUUGAACAGCCUACAGUCUUCAGUGAGCUCUCUAAACUCAACCAAUGGAGCAACGAUGACUCAAUUGAACAGCCUACAGUCUUCAGUGAGCUCUCUAAACACAACCAAUGGGGUAACCAUGACUCAAUUGAACAACACACAGUCUUCAGUGAACUCUCUAACCACUCGAGUCAACUCUCAAGUGAACCUCUACCAGAACUGCACUCAGGAGACACAAAGCUGCACUAGUGCUCAAUCUGGUUCUGCGUACCGGAGAUUUUGUACAACAUCAUUCCUACCAGUGAACAAAUCAGGAUACUACACACUGAGCAUGGCGUGUAAGUAUGACCCAGCACCACAAAAGUUAGACACUAGCACUCUUCGUCAAGAUGGGUCAGAUGUACACUGUCUUUGUGAAACUGCAUCUUUUGUUUCAUCAACAGGAGCACAUUUAUUCUCAAACAUCCCUGCAUUUACCUGCACACUUGUCAUCACGAGGUGCCCCACCUCACAGAACAUUGUUUGAACUGACUAUAAUGAUACAGUGUAUAUAGCGCUAAUAAUUUAUACCAGGAGCAGAAAUAUAUUGGGGCAUGUAUACUACAAAACAUAAUUAUACAGGUUUCAAUAAUUAUAUAC